AUGGCUGUUAUCAUGGACAAGAAAAAUUCGAAACCAACUGCUAGCGAUGCAUCAUCAGCAACGAAAGUAAAAGCAGCAAUGAGCAAAAAUGCUACACAGCUACAACCCGUUCGUCGAAUGCUUGAAAAUUUUCUUUUGAUCUGGCUUGAUGCAGAUUUCGAUGAAUCCAAAGAUGAUUAUAAAAAAUUCAUGCAACAUCUACGUGAUAUUUUUGCAAUAGUUGCCACAUUUACAGAUGUCGAUGAAUGUUUUGAUUUUCUCACUGACAUUCACAAUGAAAAAGUAUUCUUGAUUGUGUCAGAUGCCAUAGGACAACAUAUAAUAGGAGAAAUUCAUGAGUGUUCACAAUUGACAUCCAUUUAUAUUUUAUGCCACAAUCAAUCGAUUCCUGAGGAAUGGUUCAAAACAAUGCCUAAGGUAAAAGGUGUGUACACACAAAUUGAACCGAUUUGUGAUGCAUUACAAAUCGAUAGUAAGAAUUGUGACCGAACUAUGAUCUCUAUCAGUUUUAAUGGUAUUGACCCAUUAUUCAAGUAUACACAAUUGUUAAAAGAAGCACUUUUGGAUAUAGAAGAUGAUGAUGCAAAAUCUAUUAAAGAAUUCGUUGAAUUCUGUCGUCAUCACAGUGAUGCUUCCAAAAAACAACUUAAAAAGAUCGUAGAAGAAUAUUGUAAUCAUUCACCGAUUUGGUGGUACACGGGUCCAUAUUUUAUCUACUCAAUGCUCAAUUAUGGUCUUCGACAAAUGGAUAUCGACAUUAUCCUUAAGAUGACUUUCUUCAUUCGUCAUUUACAUAACCAUAUUGCACAAUUAUAUCGUCAACAGCAAGGCAACAUGCCAAUCAAUUUUCAAACCUUUCGUGGACAAGGUUUGUCUACUGACGACUUUGAAAAAAUGAGAAAAAACAAAGGAGGACUGAUGUCCUUCAAUAACUUCUUGUCAACAAGUCGCAAUCGCAGGAUUUCUCUUGAGAACUUUGCCCGACCGGCUACAAAAAAUCCCCAUUCAGUCGGCAUUCUGUUCGUUAUGAACAUUGACACAGCUAUUUGCAGGAAGUCAUUAACGCCAUUUGCUGAAGUAAGCCAAAUUAGUUUCUACAAAAGUGAAGAGGAAGAAAUACUCUUUUCUACACAUACGAUUUUUCGUAUUGAUUGUAUCGAACAAAUUGAAGACAAACAUACUGGUCGCUUAUGGCAAGUUAAUCUUACCAUCGUCGGUAAUCAAGAUGAUGAGUUUAACAAACUCACUGGACAUGUCCGAGAAGAGUUCAAGAACAGAACAAGAUGGAAUCGACUAGGUUCUAUACUUAUUAAGCUUGGUGAGACUACAAAAGCGCAACAACUCUAUCAGAUGCUUCUAGUAAAAGCAUCUUCUGAUGAAGACCUAGCUGUAUACAAUCAUCAACUUGGAUGGAUAUAUGACGGCAUGGGAGAGUACUCAAAAGCACUUACAUUUUACGAAAAGGCACUUCAUAUCCAUGAAAAGAUUCGCCCUCCCACUCAUCCUGAUUUGGCUUCUUCCUACUACAACAUCGGUAUGGCGUAUCAUAACAUGCGAGAGUUCUCGACAGCGCUUUCAAUGUACGAACGAUCACUUGAAAUCAGAAAAAUAGCUCUCCCUCCGAAUCAUCCCGAUUUGGCUCAAUUCUACAACAAUAUCGGUCUAGUAUAUUAUAACAUGGGCGAGUACUCGAAAGCUCUUUCAUACCUCGAAAAAGAUCAUGGGAUUAUCCAGAAAGCUCUCUCCCCGAAUCAUCCAAACUUAGCUAAGUCCUACCAUAACAUCGGUAUGGUGUAUCAUAACAUGAGCGAGUACUCGAAAGCACUCUCAUCGUACGAAAGAUCACUUGAAAUCAAGAAAAUAGCUCUCCCUCCGAAUCAUCCUGACUUGGCUCAAUCCUACAACAACAUCGGCUCAGUUUAUUAUAACAUGGGCGAGUACUCAAAAGCACUCUCAUCGUACGAACAGUCAAUUGAAAUCCAUACAAUAAUUCUCCCUCCGAAUCAUCGCGACUUGGCUGCUUCCUACUACAACAUCGGUCUGGUACAUUAUAACAUGGGCGAGUACUUGAAAGCACUUUCAUCGUACGAAAGAUCACUUGAAAUCUGGAAAAUAGCUCUCCCUCGGUAUCAUCCCGACUUGGCUGCUUCCUACAACAACAUCGGUCUGGUGUAUUAUAACAUGGGCGAGUACUCGAAAGCAUUUUCAUCGUACAAAAGAUCACUUGAAAUCAAGAAAAUAGCUCUUCCUCCGAAUCAUCCCGACUUGGCUUCUUCCUACUACAACAUCGGUAUGGUGCAUUAUAAUAUGGGCGAGUACUCGAAAGCACUUUCAUCGUACGAAAGAUCACUUGAAGUCUGGAAAAUAGCUCUCCCUCCGAAUCAUCCGAACUUGGGUGCUUCCUACAACAACAUCGGUCUGGUAUAUUAUAAUAUGGGCGAAUACUCGAAAGCACUUUCAUAUUAUGAAAAAGCACUGCAAAUAAAGAAAAAUGCUCUUCCCCCGGAACAUGCGAGUACUACACGAACGAAAAGAAACAUUAACGAUGUAAAAAGGAAGAUGUAAUUUUUCUUCAUUUGAAGACAAAAAAUAAACUGGACAUCUUGAACACUUGCCUCGCUGAUGCGAGCACCUGCAGAAUUUCGCGCACAUGCGACUAUCUUGAGGUUGUGGGUGUAAAUGUGAGACAGUAAAAUACUACACCCUCAUAGUUACACCCACACCUUCACCCACACCCACCCAUACCCCCACCCUCUUUUG